CAAGGGCUUCCUGGCCCCGUCCCACCUCCCGCCUCCGGGACGCCGCUUAAAGUGUGCGGAGCAGGUGCCUUGGGUGGAGCAGCAACUUUGCGAGAGUGACUUGGCUGAGCGCGGCGCUCAUUCAUUGCCCGCAGGCGUCUCUCCAUCUGUCCGGCCGGCGGUCCAGCGAAAGGGGCUCCAGGCCCGACGCAGCCGCUACCCAGGGCACCGAGGCCAGCAGAGGGGCUGAGAGCGCGGCUCACCCUUGAGGACCGGGGCAGGCGACGGUGGCCGCGGCCAUGCAGUCCUGUGCCAGGGCGUGGGGGCUGCGCCUGGGCCGCGGGAUCGGGGGCUGCCGCCGCCUAGCUGGGGGAUCCGGGCCGUGUUGGGCGCCGCGGGGCCGGGACAGCAGCAGUGGCAGCGGGGACGACGCCGCGGCUGGGGCCUCGCGCCUCCUGGAGCGCCUUCUGCCCAGACACGACGACUUCGCUCGGAGGCACAUCGGCCCUGGGGACAAAGACCAGAAAGAGAUGCUGCAGACCUUGGGGCUGGCGAGCAUUGAUGAACUGAUCGAGAAGACGGUCCCUGCCAGCAUCCGUUUGAAAAGACCCUUGAAAAUGGAAGAUCCUGUUUGUGAAAAUGAAAUCCUUGCAACUCUGCAUGCCAUUUCAAGCAAAAACCAGAUCUGGAGAUCAUAUAUUGGCAUGGGCUAUUAUAACUGCUCAGUGCCACAGACGAUUUUGCGGAACUUACUGGAGAACUCAGGAUGGAUCACCCAGUACACUCCGUACCAGCCUGAAGUGUCUCAGGGGAGGCUGGAGAGUUUACUCAACUACCAGACCAUGGUGUGUGACAUCACAGGCCUGGACAUGGCCAAUGCAUCCCUGCUGGAUGAGGGGACUGCAGCCGCAGAGGCGCUACAGCUGUGCUACAGACACAACAAGAGGAGGAAAUUCUUUGUUGACCCCCGUUGCCACCCACAGACAAUAGCUGUUGUCCAGACUCGAGCCAAAUAUGCUGGAGUCCUCACUGAGCUGAAGUUACCCCAUGAAAUGGACUUCAGUGGAAAAGAUGUCAGCGGAGUGUUGUUCCAGUACCCAGACACGGAGGGGAAGGUGGAAGACUUUACAGAACUCGUGGAGAGAGCUCAUCAGAGUGGGAGCCUGGCCUGCUGUGCUACUGACCUUUUAGCUCUGUGCAUCUUGAGACCACCUGGAGAAUUUGGGGUAGACAUAGCUCUGGGCAGCUCACAGAGAUUUGGAGUGCCACUGGGCUAUGGGGGACCCCAUGCAGCCUUUUUCGCUGUCAGAGAAAGCUUGGUGAGAAUGAUGCCUGGAAGAAUGGUGGGGGUAACAAGAGAUGCCACUGGGAAAGAAGUGUAUCGUCUUGCUCUUCAAACCAGGGAGCAACACAUCCGGAGAGACAAGGCUACCAGCAACAUCUGUACAGCUCAGGCCCUCUUGGCGAAUAUGGCUGCCAUGUUUGCAAUCUACCAUGGUUCCCGUGGGCUGGAGCAUAUUGCCAGGAGGGUACAUAAUGCCACUUUGAUUUUGUCAGAAGGUCUCAAGCGAGCAGGGCAUCAACUCCAGCAUGACCUGUUCUUUGACACCUUGAAGAUUCAGUGUGGCUGCUCAGUGAAGGAGGUGUUAGGCAGGGCUGCUCAGCGGCAGAUCAAUUUUCGGCUCUUUGAGGAUGGCACACUUGGUAUUUCUCUUGAUGAAACAGUCAAUGAAAAAGAUCUGGACGACUUGUUGUGGAUCUUUGGUUGUGAGUCAUCUGCAGAACUGGUUGCCGAAAGCAUGGGAGAGGAGCGCAGAGGUAUUCCAGGGUCUGUGUUCAAGAGGACCAGUCAGUUCCUCACCCAUCAAGUGUUCAACAGCUACCACUCUGAAACAAAUAUUGUCCGGUAUAUGAAGAAACUGGAAAAUAAAGACAUUUCCCUUGUUCACAGCAUGAUUCCACUGGGAUCCUGCACCAUGAAGCUGAAUAGUUCAUCUGAACUUGCACCUAUCACAUGGAAAGAAUUUGCAAACAUUCACCCCUUUGUGCCUCUGGACCAAGCUCAAGGAUAUCAGCAGCUUUUCCGAGAGCUUGAGAAGGAUUUAUGUGAACUCACAGGUUAUGACCGGAUCUCUUUCCAGCCAAACAGUGGAGCCCAGGGGGAAUAUGCUGGACUGGCCACUAUCCGAGCCUACUUAGACCAGAAAGGAGAGGGGCACAGAACGGUUUGCCUCAUUCCGAAAUCAGCACAUGGGACCAACCCAGCAAGUGCCCACAUGGCAGGCAUGAAGAUUCAGCCUGUGGAGGUGGAUAAAUACGGGAAUAUCGAUGCAGCUCACCUCAAGGCCAUGGUGGAUAAGCACAAGGAGAACCUAGCAGCCAUCAUGAUUACGUACCCAUCCACCAAUGGGGUGUUUGAAGAGAAUAUCAGCGAUGUGUGUGACCUCAUUCAUCAGCAUGGAGGACAGGUCUUCCUCGACGGGGCAAAUAUGAAUGCUCAGGUGGGAAUCUGUCGCCCUGGAGACUUUGGGUCUGAUGUCUCACACCUAAAUCUUCACAAGACCUUCUGCAUUCCCCACGGAGGAGGUGGUCCUGGCAUGGGGCCCAUCGGAGUGAAGAAGCAUCUUGCCCCAUUUUUGCCCAAUCAUCCCAUCAUUUCACUAAAGCUGAAUGAGGAUGCCUGUCCUGUGGGAACCAUCAGCGCCGCCCCAUGGGGCUCCAGUUCCAUCUUGCCCAUUUCCUGGGCUUAUAUCAAGAUGAUGGGAGGCAAGGGGCUUAAACAAGCCACGGAAACUGCAAUAUUAAAUGCCAACUACAUGGCCAAGCGAUUAGAAAAACACUACAGAAUUCUUUUCAGGGGUGCAAGAGGUUAUGUGGGUCAUGAGUUUAUCUUGGACACAAGACCUUUCAAAAAGUCUGCAAAUAUUGAGGCUGUGGAUGUGGCCAAGAGACUCCAGGAUUAUGGAUUUCAUGCCCCUACCAUGUCCUGGCCUGUGGCAGGGACCCUCAUGGUUGAGCCCACUGAGUCGGAGGACAAGGCAGAGCUGGACAGAUUCUGUGAUGCCAUGAUCAGCAUUCGGCAGGAAAUUGCUGACAUUGAGGAGGGCCGCAUCGACCCCAGGGUCAAUCCGCUGAAGAUGUCUCCACACUCCCUGACCUGCGUUACAUCCUCCCACUGGGACCGGCCUUAUUCCAGAGAGGUGGCAGCAUUCCCACUUCCCUUCGUGAAACCAGAGAACAAAUUCUGGCCAACCAUUGCCCGGAUUGAUGACAUAUAUGGAGAUCAGCACCUGGUUUGUACCUGCCCACCCAUGGAAGUUUAUGAGUCUCCAUUUUCUGAACAGAAGAGAGCCUCUUCUUAGUCCUCUGUCGAUAAGUUCCAAGGACUGAUCUGAUGCCUCUCCUCAGAGCAUUUUAUAAGCAAGAAAGAUUUCAUCUCACAGCCCUGCCUCAAGUAGGCGUCUUAUAUACUAUGUAUAUAUAUAUCUUUGUAAUCUGUCAAGGUAAAUGUAAAUACAGUAGCUGGAGGGAGCUGAAGCUGACUGUUGGAAGAUGGAUUUGCUUUGGUUAUUUUGCUUCCACACGUGCCAGUUGCCUGGAUUGGGAGCCAUUUUGUUUUUUUGCAUAGAAAUUCUUAGGAACUUAAACAGUGUUGCAAGUUUGCAGACAUAGAGGCUAUCCUGGAGACUCAACAGACUUGUAUUUGUUCCAAAAAAGUCCGUGUGGACUGUGCCAUCUGUGGGAAAUCCCAGGGAAAAUGUUUACAUUUUGUAUACCCUGAGCAACUCUUUUUCCUCUAAUAUGCUUAACCUGUAAUCACAUUUCUGAGUGUUUUCCUCUUUUUCUGUGUGUGGGUUUUUUUUAUCUGCAUUUAUUAGUAUUCUAAUAAUAAAAGCAUUUCAAUUGGAAGAA